AUGAAAAUGUACCUGCAAAAAAGCCUUUAUUGCAUGGAUUACUAUUCCUACUAUACUAUUUCGUUUCUUUAUCUUUUGACUAAAUCUUUUGAAUUCAAUUAACUWUUCUUCUGAGUAUGUUUCUAAAUAGAGCGUGACAUUCCAUGCUGGGCCAUACAAACCAUUCGAGUCAGMGUUGGCAGAGCAAAUAUUCGCUCCACUCGACGAACUUAGUAUUUAAUAUUUGUCGUAUUUGAGCUCUAUAUUAAUGGAUAACAAAAGCUUUCAAAAAUCAUACGAUAGUUUGGACAGGAGAAAAGGGUUUGAUAUCGCUGGAAGCAACAARGAGAGCAGUAAAAAAAAGAAACACCGGCCAAGAUGGAGCGUUGUUGUCAAGAACACAACACUAGAGAUGAGCGAAUUUACCAAAAAAGCAAGCUCUGCCGUAUCGGAUGUCCACGAAGCUGUACGAGAAGGAACACUGGACUUAGUCGAACAAGCUAUAGCCAAAGCGAAGAAAAACCGUUCGCUCGAUGAACUCGAUGAGAUUGGACUUUCUAGUUUACAUCAUGCCGUACGUUACAACCGGGUCGAAGCAGUGUCAUCGCUUUUAAAGCAUGGCGCGCAGGUUAAUAUUUUGACCAGGGAAGAAGGGAAUACACCACUCCAUAUAUCCUCCAGGUACGGAUGGCUUGAGACAACCAAACUCCUCCUCGAGCAUGGUGCAGACCCUAACAUCAGAAACAUCCAUGGAACUACCCCACUGCACCUUGCAUGCAGACGUGGAAACAAACUCGUUGUAGGAGUAUUACUAAACACUGUAAGAAUCGAAGUGAACAUCCCAGACAAGUCUCUUAUGAUUCCACUUCAUGUUGCAGCAAUUCAAGGGGAUGGCGAACUCUGCAAAAUGYUGAUGGACAAAGGAGGAGAUUACGAAGCUCAGGCCGCGGAUAAGAUGACGCCGUUGCUUGUUGCGGUCGCAAAUUGUAAUAGGUCUGCGGCAAAUGCUAUAUUGGACAAAGUUAUUGCAGUCUCAAAUGACUUCUCCUUCAUCGCCAAAGCCCGCGAUGUGGACAGCAACAGUAUCCUCCAUCUUGCUGCCAUGACAAACAGUCUGGAAAUCGCGGAGAAGAUUCUGAAAUAUGAUAAGAAUGUGAAUUUGCUGACGAACAAUUUUCAGACACCUUUGCAUAUAGCCUCAGUAAAGGGGCAUCUUGAUAUGGUUAAGCUUCUUGUGUCGAAUGGUGCAGAUAUUCGUGCGAAAGCGUUCGAUGGGCGCACGGCACUACACAGAGCAGCCACAUUUGGUCAUACCGAAACCAUAAACUUCCUUUUAGAAAAAGGUGCAGUUGUUGAUGCUCGAGACUACGGCAACAGAACACCAUUCCUCGUCGCUGUGGAAUCAGGCCAGACCGACUCUGCGUUGCUCCUUCUAUUGAAAGGAGCAAAGAUCAAUGCUUAUGAUGCAAUGGUAAAGAAUUGUCUGCAUCUUGCUGUUGAGAAUAAUCAACUGGAUACUCUGAAGGCUCUGUUGGACGUUGAAGGGUGCCAUGAAAACUUAUAUAGUCCGGAUAUCCAGGAGAGGGUGCCUCUUCAUUAUGCUGCAAUGUGCAGUAAUAUUAAGGUUCUUCAAGCCGUUCUUCCUAAGCAGAAGAGAUUUGCCUUCCAAGACGAGAACCAACAAACACCGAUGUAUCUGGCUGCAGAGGCUGGACGAGUUGAGCACGUCGAGGAGCUGGGGAGAGCUGGUUCUCCUGUUAAUGAACGCGAUGAUGAGGGAAAAUCAGCAUUGCACGUCGCUGCAGCCAAAGGACACAAAAAAGUGUGCCUCAAGCUACUCAAACUUGGUGCAGACAUCAAUUAUAGAGACAACAACAGGUGUACACCGCUUAUACUCGCAUCAAGAAACGGAGUCUCCAAAACAUGCGAGGGACUUCUAGAAAACGGUGCCCGGAUUGACGAUGUCAAUAAUCAGGGUGAUACGGCUUUGCUUGAAGCAAUUCGACACAAUCGCGUGACCGUCGUAGAGAUGUUGUUAGACACUGGAGCUUCGAUUCUAAUUCGCAACAAUGAAAACUUGGGUGUUAUUGACGUUGCUGUUAAAUAUGGAUCUUCGGAAUCAGCAAUGGCCAUCUGCAAGCAUUCAAGAUGCAGGGAAGUCCUUGAUGAUAAGUCAGGGCCUUAUGGGCAUUCACCGAUGAAGCAAUUUAUUGCCCAUUUUCCCGAGGCCGCUCAACACAUCAUGGAUAGCUGCAUCUAUCCAGUGGAACAGAUGAGCUCAAAUAAUCCAGACUACGCUUUGUAUUACGAUUUUACUCUUCUGGACCCAGGACCCGACGAUCCGUCGUCAGUUAAGAAUAASCGAUACUUUGGUCCCGAUACUAUGGUUGAAUACCAUCGCUCUGACCUUCUUCUACAUCCCCUUACUCAAAUGCUUCUUCAAAAGAAAUGGGCAACGAUUGGGAGACUUGUUUAUGCUAUAAAUUUCAACASCUACUUGGCUUUUAUAAUCUGUUACUCUAUUUUCCUAGUUUUGGAAAGGAGUAAGAUUACUUUUGGYGGAUUCGCUGCAGCUAAAAAAGAAAAUCCAAACGAAAAGGCCUCGUCAUUGUACAAUAAAAGUGGGCUUAGUGAUAUCUUGCCUAUACUGAUAAUGGGUUUCGCGGUUAUUCAAAUGGCGAAGGAAGUUAUCCAGGUGUUUUUGCGAAGGCUGGCUUAUUUUACAGAUCUCACGAAUUUACUAGAGUGGCUCCUGUACGCGUCGGUCGUAACAUUUCUGAUUCCUUACGCGGCACCUGAUGAUUGGGUUAACGAUCAUUAUGGAGCAAUGAGCGAACCCCUGAACAUGUGGAUCAUCGGGAUCUUCUCGAUCUUCUUAACCUAUGUGAACUUCAUUCUGUACUUAACGCGUUUCUCCACACUUGGUCUGUACAUCACAAUGCAUAUGGAGGUCAUGAAGACGCUGGUCAAAGUAAUGGUCGUGUUUAUGGUGUUUAUAAUAGGCUUUGCACUCGUUUUCUACGUUCUAUUCAAAGAACAGGACGACUUCCUUAACAUGGGGCGCUCGAUUAUGAAAACAAGCAUUAUGAUGCUGGGYGAGCUUGAGUACUCUGAUGUAUUCGUCGCAACCAUCAAAAGUACUGGAAACACAACUACUGCCAAUCCCAAAAACCCAUUUCCUGAAACAGCGUUCUUUUUCAUCUAUCUCUUUGUUUUCAUCGUGUGCAUCGCCUUAAUGAAUCUACUGGUCGGUCUUGCAGUUGGAGACAUCGAUAAGGUUCAACGAGAGGCAACACUGAAAACCCAAGCAAUGCGAGUGGAAUUUGUUUCACAAAUAGAGAAAAAGUAUCCAAGGUUCAUAACACGACUCGUUUAUAAGAAAGGGAUUGUUUUCUUCCCCAAUAAAGUCUCGUGGAUAACACGAGUUUACAGAUUAUUCACUGGAAGUACAGGCGCCGUAAAAAAUCGCAUGCCGUAUUAUCAACAAGAAGAGUCUUAUAAAGAYCUAAAAUCUCAAUUAGUGAAAACAAAGAAACGCGUUAAGACAAUAAUCCUUACCCUCNCGGAGGGGCUGGGAAGGACGAAAAGGCAGGCGGAGUACUCCUCCUAUUCAUUGUUCCUAUUCAUCUCUCAGCGCCAGUUUUUCUCGGUCAGGACAAAUCAACACAGAAAGACCAAGCAGUGA